AUGCCAGUCAACAGCCGUCUUUCUUCCGCCCUUCUUCCCCGGCGCCGCUGUCCGUCCGCUCCCCGCGCGGUUCUCGUCUUCCUCUCUCUCGCGUUUGUUUCAGUCGCUCUGUCUCCAUGUGUCCUUCUCUGUGCUUCCUCGCCCGCGCCGGGGACGCCAACAACGCCUGCCGGCGGCGCAGGACGCGGGGUUGGGAAAGAGAUCCCCACCGAGCCUUCUGCAUCGAACAGUGACGCACUUUCACCAGAUCGGGAGUACGGCUUCGCUGACGACGCCACCGCGCAAGUGGACGGAGAGACACAGAUGGGACUGAAAGACGCGCAGCCGAUCCCGUUGGAGAAGCGGAUGCACGUCGCGCGCUUCCUGCUGGAAGGCAGUGAGGCGUACGACGAAGCGUUUUCGUCCAGUGACGAGGAGUUGUAUACGCAGCCUUUCUCGAGGGCGCCGUCCGCCUUUUCACGGAUGACGGCGACUCCUCCGGCGCGAUUCCCCGUGGACCGUACAGAUGCAGGAGCCGCCGGAGUCUCGACAGACUCGUCAGACGACUUCGAACACUUCGAACCCGUCCUGGCGCCUCUACCGCUGCUGUCUUCGCGGCAUCAGAGGCUAGGGAGCGCUCACACGAGUCCGCGGGACGCCCAGCAGAAGGGCGAGGAACCAUCGCCUCUGUCGCCAGCGAACGGCGCGGCGCGGUCUGCCUCCAACCUUGCAUCUGGUGCAUCUCCACCUGACCAGACCGCAGUUCACGCUGCCGGAAAAACGAGAGGCCAGGGAGCAGAGGAAAAGGAUGCGGGGCAGGCGCCUCGGCAGCUGGCCGGAAUGGACCGCCCUGGGCGCAGAGCGCCGCGCCUGGGGGCUCGGCAAAUUGUCUCUGGCGUCGUCCCGUUGGCGCUCCCCGACGCGCGCUUCCGGAAACCGUCGGACACGUUGAAGAGCCUCGUCACCCCUCAAGACCCGGGCGAGUGGACAGGCGAGAAGGAAGAGUUCGAAAGAAGCUACGCCUUCCACACACCGAUUGAGAUCCGCUCCACGCGCACGCAUGAGACGUUGACCAUCCGCUUCGAAGACGUCCUCGGCGCCGGCGGCCACGGAAUCGUUUUGCAGGCGCGAGAUGUCAACACAGGCCAAGGCAUGGCUUUAAAGGUCUUCCGCAUCCGUGGGGACCAACGGCGGGACGAUCACAAAGACGAAGCGAUCCUACGCCGUCGCGUGCAGUCGGAGCUCGCGAUCUGGGAGUACGUUCCGCAAGGCAUCGACCCGCGGCAGUGGAGCGAAAUGUCGCACUUGGUCAUUCCCUUCGACGUUGUCGAGCCCGUCGUCCCGUGCCCGACGCCGCCGAUGGACCAAACCCGAUACGCCCAGCAUUGGAUUAUGAUGGAUCUCUUUGCAGGCGAUCUCGCGCGAAUGACCAAGAUCAUGUCGGCGGAGCCUAGCGUCAAGCUCGAGGUGACGGAGCAGAUGUUUGUAGCAAACAUGCGUUUGCAUGACAUGGGACUGGUGCACUCGGACAUCAAACUCCCCAACUACUUCGUCAGUGGAGACGGGCGAAUUUUCCUCGGAGAUCACUCCCUCGCCAACCCUUCCGGCGAAAACGUCCCGUGUAUGUGGGGCACUCUCCGCUAUCUCCCGCCGGAGAACAUGAAAUGCAUGAGCGACGGGAGAAGGCGCAUCAUGACCACGGAGAGAAAAGACGUUUGGGCGCUCGGCGUCGUUUUGUACAAGUUGUGGUGCAGUCAGCAGUACCCGUACGAGAUGGGCGAGCUGUGGUCAAAGGAUCUCUUUGUUCGGACGGCCCGCGCACACAUCGACGAGUUGGACCUUAGUCUCUGCGACGGACAGGCCACGGUAUCGAUCCUGGGUCUCCUUCGCGUCAUGCUGACGCCGAAUGCCAGCCGCCGGCCGACGCUUCGCGAAAUCUACAAGUUUCACCCCAUUUUCACUCAGAGGAGAAGCGCGGUCCUCCAGAAGCGGACUCUGUUGUCCAUGUUGAAGGAACUCGAAUACGCGAAUGCAAACAACCCGCCGGUAGGCGCUGGACCGCAGCAAGCGCAAAGCGACACUGAGUCGACGGAAAACCAGUAG